UAAAAGAAAAGUAUGAAUUCAUUGUAAGUGAUGUUCCAUUGUUCUAAAUUGAUUUUGCAUUUUCAACCCUUGUCAAUUUUUUUCCCUUUAUAAUAAAAAGGAUAAAUGAUUUCUGGAAUUAUCGAUGGAUCUGGCACGAUUUAUAACUGUGGGCAAGAUCAAAUGUGGUUCUUAGAAAUAGACAGUUUUCACUGAACAGCUGCAAAAUCAUUGACAAAGAGCUGUGAGUAUAAGCAAGUGGUAUACCAACUACUGUGCAUUACUUCGUAAUCUUGUCAUUGCAAAAUUAUUUUCUGGAUUUGUUUCUUGAUCGUCUGCGGAAAUUGCAGUUUUUGUGGUCCAUAAAACUUUGCAAGAAUUCUGAAUGGAUUUAUCUUUUGCCCUGGCCAUAACGAGGAUGGAUAGCAUCACCGAAGAAGAAAAGAAAGUUAUUAAUGAGUUGAAAAAACGGACUAUAAAUGACGUGACUCCAAAAUUGCUGGAAGAUGCGUCUGUUUUUUACCGGUUUGCAAAAGCUCGUGAUUUUAAUCUGGAAGAAGCGGAAGCAAUGCUGAGAAGACAUUUAUCCUGGAGGAAAGAAUUUCAAUUCGAUACUAUACUUACAGAUUAUGAGCCGCCUGAGGUUCUUAAAAAGUAUGGAGCUUCAAGCUUAGUUUGUUUUGACAAAGAAGGAAGUGCUGUAAGGCUUCAAGACUGGGGUCAUCUAGAUGUGAAAGGCAUGUGCAAUGCUGCAACAAAAACAGAAGUGGCAAAAUUUUGGGUUUUCCUUGCAGAAAGGGAUCGAGCGGAACUGAUCAAGAGAGGCGGAAAUCUGGAAAAACCUAUAUUUUCUCCAGUUUAUGAUUUAGAGGAUAUGACAUAUUCAAAAGCUGUUAACAUGAGAGGUCUUCAGUAUUUAUUGUAUGGUGUGAAAAUGCUUAUCGACAAUUUCCCUGAAUGUGUCAAGACUAUAACCAUCAUAAACGCUCCUUUUUAUUUCGCUUGGAUCUACGCAGCCCUAAAGCGGAUCCUUCCAACUACUGUCACCCAAAAGAUGCGAAUAUUUGGCACUGAAGAUUGGAAAGAAGCCUUGUUGAAUGACGUGAACGCAGACGAUUUGCCGGCUUACCUCGGAGGAAACAAGACGGAUCCAGACGGAAACCCACAUUGUGAAACCAUUAUCCAACAUGGGAAACCAAUACCCAAGAGCUAUUACAGACAAAGUGGGAAGAGAAGAUUGGCUCUGGCAUCUGAUGCUGAAAAACUCACUGUGUUGCCGUUCAACAAAGAAGAAAUAACUUUCGAAGUGAAGGAAGAAAAUUCUUAUAUUGAAUGGGAGUUCGAAAUUAAGAAAGGAGAUAUUGAGUUUUCUUUGAAAUACAAAGCAGACCUUUCCGAAAAUUCAGAGACUGUGGAACUCAUUCCUAAACAAAGAAUCGAUACCUCUUUCGAAUAUGAGAAGGGGUGCUUUAAAUGUGACAAAACAGGAUACUAUACAAUGGUUUUUGACAAUUACUACAGUUGGCUCCAUUCGAAAGAGAUAUACUACAGAGCUAGUAUUAGAAUUCCAAAGAACGACGAAGUAUACGAGUCAACAUAACAUGCAUUUCUCGGAUAUUUCAAGAACUGAACUUCAUAAGAGAGAGAUUUAAUAAUGAGCCUUUGUAUUAUAGAUUCGUUUUUACAUAAAUAUGGAUAUUGUU